CGCCGCGCCCCGCCCCGCCGCCAUGGGGGCCGCCGUCUUCUUCGGCUGCGCCGGUAUCGCCUUCGGGCCGGCGCUCGCCCUCGUUCUUCUGACGGUGGCUGCGGAGCCGUUGCGGGUCAUCGUCCUGGUGGCGGGGGCAUUUUUCUGGCUGGUGUCACUGCUCCUGGCGUCUCUGAUCUGGUUCAUUUCAGUCCAUCUCAGUGACCGGGAGGAUGCCAAGCUGCAGUAUGGCCUCCUCAUCUUCGGUGCUGCCGUCUCUGUCCUGCUGCAGGAGGCUUUCAGAUUUGCCUACUUCAAGCUGCUGAAGAAAGCGGAUGAAGGCCUGGCAACAAUCAGCGAGGACGGCCGGUCCCCCAUCUCCCUCAGGCAGAUGGCUUACGUCUCGGGCCUGUCCUUCGGCAUCAUCAGCGGCGUGUUUUCCGUCAUUAACAUCUUGGCAGACUCCAUUGGGCCGGGCAUCGUUGGGAUCCAUGGGGACUCACCGUACUACUUCAUCACAUCCGCAUUCCUCACCAUGGCCCUCGUCUUGCUCCACACCUUCUGGGGAGUGAUCUUCUUCGAUGCCUGUGAAAAACGCCACUACUGGUGCCUGGGGCUGGUGGUUGCCAGUCACCUCCUCACCUCGGGGCUGACGUUCCUGAACCCCUGGUACGAAGCCAGCCUGGUCCCCAUCUUCAUCAUCACCCUCUGCAUGGGCCUCUGGGCCUUCUUCACUGCUGGGGGGUCCUUCCGCAACAUCCUCAAGUGCCUCUCCUGUAAGCAGGAGGACGACAGCAGAGUGAUGAUGUACUCCGCACUGCAGGUGCCUUUCGAGGACUGAGCGGCAGGCGCAGCCCUGCCUGCUCCUGCUGCCUGCACUGCCUGUGCUGCUGCCGUACCCAAGUGCCCUCUUUUCGGCAGCUGGAAGAUCACGAUGCUGCCUUCGCCUCUGCGGUUUGCUCCUCCGGUGCUGCCGCCUGGCCCGGCCCUGGCCCCUCUCCGUGACACAAGAGGCGGCUCUGUGUCCUGUCCCGCUCCAGAGGGGAUUUUUGGGGUCUGACCGGUGCUCAUGAGCAACCCUGUUAGCUUUGUUAGCGAAUUCUGUUAGACUUUUUUCCUUACAGGGUAUGGCUGCAGGGGGAGCGCAGGGGAGGCAGGAAGGGGGGGCCAGGUGCCCUGUGGUGCAGCUGGGCUUGGGGGGCUCAGGGCAGAACCUCCUCCUUCCCUCACAUUUUCUUCCCCCCACCCUGCCACCGAGGGACGCCCCUGCCCUUGGUGCAGCCCCGGCCCAAUGCGGUCUCCUGCCAUUCCUCUGCGGAAGCAGGGUGGUGCUCUCAGGGCUGGGGGAGCCAGGAUGGGGGGUGCUCUACCCCCUUCACCCCCUUUUUGCUCCCUGCCAGGUCAUGUCUGGGGGCACUCGUUACCCUGCUGUGCAGCUGGGAGGGGGGGUAAAUUAUUUUUUCGAUUCAAAGUAAAACCCUUUUAAUAGA